CCAGUUGCCCAGCGACCAAGCGACAGCUAUACCAGCUCAAAAGGCGUAUCACAAAGUAGAGUUCCAAAACGACAGAAAACGAAACAAGGAUGCUGACGCUGCUCGUCCUACUGGUCUUCAGUUCGGUAUUUGCCGCAGACCCAUCUGCUGCUACAGAGGAAGUCGGAAUAGACGAGAAAGCUCUUUCGUAUUCCGGAUUCCAGGUUUGGUCAAUAACAAUCCUUUCAAAUGGAGAACGUGAAAUUCUAAGAAAAAUCACCGAACAAUACAAUGUUGAGGUGUGGAAAGAACCCAAAACUGAUAAAGCGGCGGCAACUGAAUUGCUAGUAGCUCCACAAGUUCAGAAGGAACUGAAGGUGAAACUGACACAAGCAAAUAUCAGCUAUGUGAUCAAGAUCAACGACCUGCAGACUACCAUCGACAACGGAACUGCGAAGCACAACACAAGCUCUAUUAACACAAAAGCAGGCCAUAGCAUGGACUGGACAAGCUAUCACCGAUUAGUUGAUAUCUACGGUUACUUGAGUUACCUAGCCUCCACUUACCCUGGUCGCGUUGAGCUAAUCAACAUCGGUACCUCGUACGAGAAGCGACCGCUCUACGUUGUUCGCAUUUUCAACUGCUCUUCAUCUGUCGUUAAGCCCGCCAUUUGGAUUGACGGAGGAAUUCACGCAAGGGAAUGGAUUUCCCCGGCUUUGGCUACUUACAUCAUCCGGCAAUUGGUUGAAGUGCCUGCCAACGAGGCUCUUCUGACCAACGUUGACUGGUACAUCAUGCCCGUCAUGAAUCCCGAUGGUUAUGAAUAUACGCACACCUCCAAUCGGCUUUGGCGUAAAACUCGUUCUGUGAUGAGCUGGACAAGCUGUCGUGGUGUAGAUCCAAAUCGUAACUUUGGUUACAAGUGGGGUGGUCUGGGAACCAGCACGAACCCAUGCUCGGAAGUCUACAAGGGCACUAGUGCCUUCACAGAGCCGGAGACUCUUGCCACUUCGAAUUUUAUCAAAAGCAAAGCCAGUUCGAUUAAACUUUACUUGACCCUGCACAGCUAUGGCCAGUCCGCUCUGAUUCCUUGGGGUUAUGACGUCGUUUACCCGUCAGAUUAUUCUGAUAUGUUGACGCUAGCCAAAGCUGCCGUUGCAAAAUUCAGUAAAUAUAGAUAUUCGGUUGGUAAUUCGGCCGCUCUUUAUUAUCCUGCUGCAGGUGGUUCUGACGAUUGGGCCAAAUCUAUUGGUAUCAAAUACAGUUACACCUUUGAGCUGUCUGACACUGGCGCCUACGGCUUCCUUUUACCGGCUUCUAAUAUUUUGCCAGUGUGCCAGGAUUUCUUCCCCGCUUUGGACGUCUUUGCUGCAAAAGUAGCAACUUUAUAAGUUUGAAAUGACCGAAACACAUUAUACGGAAGUGGUGAGCAUUUUCUCGUCUUAAUCCCUAAUUUUCUUGUUUGCACUUGAGCAUUUAACUACGGUUUACAUUGAAACAAGUUUGGCAAAUCGUCUAAAGCUACGAUGCUAUGUGACAAACCCAAUUUGUUGCAAGAUAUGUUGUUAGUAGUUCCUUAUAAAAAAAUCACGGCCUUUAGUAAAAUAAACUGUGCAUUGUCGGGUAUCUGAA